UGACUCACUUUUGUUGUAAGUAAUAAUGAAAUGAAUCGUGCUCAGCCGGCUUUCGUGUUGAGCUCUCAGUUGCGUGUUGAUAUUGCUAGAGCGUACUCGCGCCAUUUUGUUUUUCAAAACAAGUGUUUGUUCAAGUAUAUUGUGGACGAUAACUAGAUAGCUACAAUGAAUAUCGUGCCAGUCGGACCUGAACCUUCCCAGAUCACGUGCCCAUCGUGUCGGGCGACCAUCGUCACGAGGGUCGAAAGGAAAGCCACCACCAAGACUCAUGUCAUAGCACUGCUGUUGUGUUUGUUCCUUUGUUGGCCGUGCGUCUGCGUUCCUUACUGCACGAACUCGUGUCAGAACGCCGAUCACUACUGCCCCAACUGCAGUUCCUACUUAGGAACGUACCAACGAUAGUUCACCACAGAUCUUCAUACAUACAGAAAACUUGAGAUGGAGGGAAAAUGUGCCUUGUUAAGUACACUCCUUUAACCUCUUGCAUGUCGCUAAUUAUAAAACAAAAGAAAAGCAAUUGUGUCUCGCGUAUCUGCGCUCCGACAUACAACGGGUGAAGGUAAUUUUUGGUGAAUAGAGCGAGCUUAAUAUAUGAAAUAAAAAUAAUGAUUUAGGUACAUUUUUUUUGGACUGGACAAUGUUCAAAUAAUAGUCAGAUAUUUUUUUUAUAAGGUAUGGCACAAAUUGUUUUUAUAUGUUCUAAAGGUACAAUUUUACUCUCCCUCUCAAAACCUGUAUUAUUUAAUAUUAAGUAUCACAUAAGGAAAUAUUUACCAUAUUUUGUACUUUAUAGAGUUUAUAGUGUUCUUACUGCAUUUCCCAUUGUUAUGGGGUUGAAUUUUAUCUCUAUCUAUUGUGGAUAUUUGUCAUUAUACGGUUAGGUGUUGUUAAAAACGUGUGCAUAAUAUAUUUCCAUGAGAAUAUUUAAAUUAAGUGCCUGUAUUGAUGUGCACUUAUAGAUGAAUUUUGUCAAACUUUUGUAUUUAUAUUUUUAUCUUUUUUUUAAACAGAUAAACUUUUACGUUAUUUACAUACAUUAUUUUCCGUUAAGAAGUUGCCAGAGUUACAAUUUUAAAUCUAUAUCAAAAAGUUCAUAUAUAAGAAGUGUUUAUUUUUUGUUUACAUCAUAUAUAUUUUUUUGAAGAAUGUCACUUGAGAUUACACGAAUUAUAGGAUAUCAAAACACCAUUAUAAAUAUUUUCUACUCUCACUACGUAAAUCACAACCAAGCAACGUGUGCUGCCAAAGUAUUAUGAUCUUUAUUCCAACGCAAUAAAGUCGUGAAUACUGUAAUGCUAUCGCACAAACUUGUCUUGCAUUUUUUCAGGAUUGAUAAAAACCUAUUUUUAAGUAAGGUGUUUGAAACAGAUUGAUUGAUGAUAAUUGAAGUUGUCAUUUUUUUAAUAAACUUUUUGUGAUAUUGUU